AUGGGUGUAUGCAUAUCUAGAGUAAUUGGUCCUCAAAUAACUAAAGAAGAAUUGAAAUCAAAAAUAUACACAGCGAUAGAUCUUGAGAAAGUGGGAGCUUUAAGUCAUUUAUGAAAAGUCUAUAUUCGACAGAGACCAAAAUUUGUUCCUUUGUUUGACAUCAAUGAGCCAUUGAUAGAGAUUCAAGGAGUAAUUUUAAAUUAGGUUGAAAUAAAUAGUCUAGCUUUUGCAAUUAGGGUAGGAAAGACAAGUAUAGUUAAAUUUCUUAUUGAAAAUUGUAAGGCUAAAAUUGAAGCAAUGAAUGAUGUGUUCAAUGCGGUUGGGAAAACUCCAAUGGACGUCAUUUGUGAGUAUGGGCACCUCGAUCUCUUGAAAUAUUACUUACCACUUUAUCUUGAAUUCAAAGAAAUGCAAGCUACAGAAUUUUCAAUCCAUGAGGAAAAAUCAGAAGAUUUUUCUAUUUUUAAUUCAAAAUUCCUCCAAAAAAAGCCGAUGAAAGGUGCAUCGGCCAUACAGAGAGCUUGUGAAAGAGGUAAAAUUGAUAUUGUUGAUUUUCUUAUUAAUUAUUUUGAUAGUAAAUCUAUACCGGAUGAGUUUAAUGUACAUAAUGAAGACGAAAGAACAGGUGAAAAUUGUGCUUUAAUAAGCUGCCGAAACGGAAACCUCGCACUUGCGAUGCUUCUUUAUAAGAAGUGCAAUGCAGAUUUUCACAAAUUGAAUAAAAGAUCAGAAAAUGCAAUACAAUUAGCAACUAUUGGAGCCAAUAAAUAUCCUUACCGAAAACAUCUGGAUUUAUUGAAGUUUUUAAUUGAAGAGCUCAAUGUAGAUGUGACUUAUCAUUAUGAAGAAACUUUGAUUAUCUCAGAAAACCCUAUGAUCACUUCGUACUUAGAGUAUAAACUAAUACAAAAAGGCAUAAGCCAAGCUAGAAAGAAAAAUAUUGAAAAGGAAAAUGCUAUUAAAUCUGUAACUGGCGAUGAUUUGCAAGGAUUAUCUCCAGAAGUCAUAGAAAAAUUAAAUAGAGCUGGAAGAGAGUUUGAGUUUACUGAAAUAUUUAGAGAGGAAUUGGAUGAAAAAUCACAAUCUCUUGUUAGCUCAAUUAGUCAAUUGGGGGAAUCAGAGGAUAUCUCAAUCCCAAAAUUUUGGGAAGAAAAGCGAAUUUAG